GCAGAACUCAGACUGGAUGCAUUUCUAUUUGACAGGCUUCUUUUGGCAUACGUAAUGAUACCAAUCAUGCAGAGAGAAGUCAACACCUUUGUAGAUGUGGUAUGGAACUGUCACAGAAUCCAUGAGCAAAGAGACACUUUCCUACCUGAUGGAGUGCCCAAUCACAUGUACAGUUUUCCAGAUAAAUAUGGACUGGAGGACCGUGGUAGGUAUCUGUGUAAUUUUUUUUACCAGGGUUCUACUUUUGAUCAGUGUCAGGAUUCCAAGUAAAAACUGGCACAAGGGCAGUAGGGAUCCAAGAGUCAAAUAUAGGCAAAGUCGUGAAAAUGUAUGACAACUUACAAACUAAGUGAAUCAAAGUGAAUCUCAAACAUCAUUCGCUAACUCAAGUCACGUACAAUGAUUGUGUGACAGUAGUCAAGCCCCCUGGAAGUGAUUGUCAAUUUGAAAAGUGGAACUGCAAAAUAGCUUCUUAUUUCAGAUUUAUGGGGUUUCUGCAGUACAUGACAAGCUUCUAAAAAAUCCUGCUUUAACAACCACUAUUGUAUAUUGUUUUUAUUCACUUUUUUGAAAUAUUUCCAAACUACUAUUUUGUGGGUUUUAUUAAAAAAAUUUGAGUCACCUUCAUUAAGCACUAGUACCUAUUUUGAAGGAUAUGAAGUCACAGAGGAACAGCUAGAAGAAGUUGCGGAGCCUUCAGAAGUUCUCGCCAGCAAUGAUGAUUACUUGAGUGCUGAGUUCAGGAAUAAAUGUGAACAAGUAAUCCCUGAUCCAUUAGAGAUUGAUGUCAGUGAUUUUGCACAUGCUUUUUGGUAUCUCAAAGAAAAUGUAGAUAUACAUACAUAA